UGUUUUCAUUCCAUCAGAAGAAAAAAUGGCUUUCAGGAUAGCGAAAAAUUUUCGAUUGACGUUGAUUGAACUGGGAAGUGGAAGGCGAGCAUUUACGAGUCCCACCACUCCGAAAAUGAAGCCGGUGUCCCGAGUGAUGGACGGUGAUGGUAACUCGAGAUCUGGGAUGAGCGUGAAGGCAGAGCUUGCACCCGUGUAUAUCGUGGGCGGAUUUGUGUGUGUGGCUUUGGUGAUUGGAACACACACUGCGUUUCAACAAUUGGUGCGGUCUCCACAGGUUCACGUCAACAAGAAAAGAAGAGAAACGCUGCCGGAGGUGUCUGAUCCUGAUCGCACCGUCAACUCCGCCGGAAAAUUCAUCGACGGUUCGUUCUUAAGAAAAGUGGGUCAGAUUCAGGAAAACAGGGCCACACUCAACGACCCUGUGCACCCUAAUCCAUUCACCCGUCCUCGAACUCCUGAGACAUUGAAGACGGUGGGCGUUGAACCAAGCAGGCGUUGAUCAGAUAUUACACCAUUACAUGGCUUCGCUUUUCCUUAAUACGUGAUUAAUUAUAAUAAUUGAGUCGCAUUAAUUACGUCCUUCCAUUAUUGAUUUUCAGUAAUUUUGUAUAAUUUUGUUUGAGUUUUCAAUCUGUGUGUUGAUGUAAUUGUAAAUAAGGCGAUAGCUUGAGACUGAGUGCAAAAGUGAUAUGGCGCCACUCUGUUCUUUGCUUUUCUUUCUGUAUUUUUAUGUAUGUAUAUAUACAUAUAAAAUAAAAUGUAUAAACGACUU